GUGUGUCUUUAUGUUAAACUUGAGGUGAAAUAUUUAGAUCGAUGAUGCUGAGUGUUGAAGUUAACUGCGGUCUUGAGAAGUCUGAUGUGUCUAAAGGGAACACAACGAGUCGUGCAGAUCAUGAUGAAUACCAGUAUCUUGAUCUCAUUCAGAGGAUAAUGGAUCAUGGAAAAAUAAGAGAAGAUCGAACAGGAACUGGUACCAUUUCAAUGUUUGGCACACAGAUGCGUUUCAGUCUGAGGGACGGAGUAUUUCCGUUGCUUACCACAAAGCGUGUGUUCUGGCGAGGCGUGGCAGAGGAACUGUUGUGGUUCAUACAAGGGUGCACAAAUGGGAACAAACUUGCGGAAAAGAAUAUCCACAUUUGGGAUGCCAAUGGUUCUAGGGAGUUCCUGGAUAACAGAGGCUUGACGCAUUACGAGGAGGGAGAUCUGGGUCCAGUCUACGGCUUUCAAUGGCGGCAUUUUGGUGCAGAAUACAAGAGCAUGCAUUCAGACUAUACUGGUCAGGGCGUUGACCAGCUGAGGAAUGUCAUUCACACAAUCAAAACCAACCCUUGUUGCAGACGUAUCAUAAUGUCAGCAUGGAACCCCACUGACCUGCCCAAGAUGGCAUUACCCCCCUGCCAUUCGUUGGUUCAAUUUUAUGUAUGUGAUGGUGAACUCUCAGCUCAACUGUAUCAAAGAUCUGGUGAUAUGGGUCUUGGUGUACCAUUUAACAUUGCCAGUUAUGCAUUGCUAACAUACAUGAUUGCUCAUGUUUGUGAACUGAAGCCAGGAGACUUUGUUCACACUCUUGGUGAUGCGCAUGUUUACUCCAACCACUUGGAAGCACUUAAAAAACAGUUAAAAAGAACCCCAAAGCCAUUUCCUAGGCUUAAAAUCAAGAGAAAAAUCACUGAAAUCGAAUACUUCACUUACGACGAUUUUGAAUUAAUUGAUUAUCAACCUCAUCCAAAAAUUAAAAUGGAGAUGGCAGUCUAACAUUGGUUAAAUAACCCAAGAAAAUCACUUUGAUAUUUUCAUAUAUGUAUAUAUUUUGUUGAACACAGUAUGGCCACCUUGCACGGUAUAUACCUUGCAAAAUAAACAUUUAUUUAUACUGUAGAUGAAUUUGUAUUUUUUAAUAAUAUUGCUUUAGACAAAGGGGAUAUAAUUUGAACUUGUUUUUCAAUCUUAA